AUGAAAAUAAAAAAGAAAGGCACGGCACCUCUUGACGUCUUGGGUUACAUCGCGGAGUCCGGAUUGUUGUGGAUUUCCUCUACAACCAAAUCUGCAGCUCCUGUUCCAAUUGUCGGUAUAGCUUGCAACAAUAUUACUGAAUGCGCACGAGGCAAACACAUGACUGACCAAUCAAGAUCCAAGUGGAGCUUGAAGUCGGGCUCUGAAUCUCUCCAUGAAUCCACCUCUCUGCGCAUACAGUAUCCAUCCGCACAUCUCGAGUGGGCAGACAAGUGUGAGACACAACGUCAUCCGCGAUCUGCAGAUCCUUCGAUCCGCCUCUCCACAGUCGGCACUGCCGCAGGCCCAAGAGUCCACCACCCCUUCUCUCCUUCACCGGCUUUCUCGGGUCAAGCGAUCACUGAGACAGUUGUCUUGGUUUGGGCCUCGGCGGAGAUGUCAUGGGUGGAGAGAGGCGGAGAGUGA